CACAUGUCCACUCCUAUAAAGACAUCUAGUCUUCGUCCCAUUUGACCGUAAUAUCGUGAAAUAAGAACAAUCUCGAAAUAGAUAGCAACCCGUUACCUCGUUACCUCAGCCUCAACUAAAGUAAAGCAAAGAAAGCAAAGUAAAGCAAAGCAAAGAUGGUUUCCCUACACCCCCUCCUCGACAACGGCAUCACCAAAGGCGACCCCAGCUUCUCCGGCGGCACUCUCUACUGCAAAUGCGCCACCGACCCCGUCGCCGUGACCCUAAGCUCCAACAUCGCCCACAACCACGCCUGCGGCUGCUCCAAGUGCUGGAAGCCCGCAGGCGCGCUCUUCAGCAUCGUCGGCGUCGUGCCGCGGGACAACCUAUCGGUCACGGCCAACGAGUCGAAGCUCAGCAUCGUGGACCCCAAGGCCGCGAUCCAGCGCCACGCCUGCACCAGCUGCGGCACCCACCUGUACGGCCGCAUCGAGAUCGACCACGCCUUCAAGGGCCUCGAUUUCGUCCACGCCGAGCUCAGCCCCCAAAAGGGCUGGCAAGAGCCCCAGUUCGCCGCUUUCGUGUCCAGUAUCAUCGAGCAGGGCUUCGACCCGGCGAAGAUAGGCGAGGUUAGGGAGAAGCUGCACCAGGUUGGGCUCGAGACGUAUGAUUGCCUUUCGCCGGUGCUGAUGGACCUUAUUGCUACGUAUACUGCUAAGAAGACCGGUGCCCUUAAAUGAACAUUGAAAACUU